GUCGGCCUUUUCAGCCGCUACCUUCAUGGACAGGAUCUUCGACAUAGCAUGGUAAUCUCUCAGUGCGAUCACAGUCUCUCAGAAAAUGCCGGCGCACGCUGCAUAAAGCUGAUGAAGGGGGUUUUGUGAAAAAGCAUGAGAUCAGAAAAAGAGGACGGCCCCGCACAUUGCCGACAGCGGACGGAAUAAGUCACUACUGAUAACAGCGGCCAGCUUUAUCAACUGCGAUCAUGAAACGUAUUCAUCAGUGGAACACCAUCACAAGCUAUAUAAAAUAUACCAGCUCCUCUUCCUCAUGUCUCUUCGCAUCCUCACCGGCUCGCAAGUUGACAGCAUAUUAGCUAGACUCCCACUCGACCCAGCAUUAGAGUCCCAAGCCAAUGUCUUCCGAGCUCUCACCCGUCAAGCGAAAGGCGUGACCAACAUUCAACAAGGUGCAGCCUCAAUUCAAACGCCUCACAGGCUGACGGUUAACUCGGACAAGUUUUCCAUGCUUUUCAUGCCUUCUCGAGCGCCUACUGGGGCCUCUGGACAGACUGGAGGGGGUGGAAAGGAGCAAACCACAACAGCAUGUAAAAUCGUCUCUGUGCCAUCCGGUAGCUCUGCCGAAGGUCUCCCAGCAAGUACCAUCAUCAUGGACGAGGUAUCCGGAAAAGCCAAAGCCCUCAUCAAUGCUCGAAAGCUAACUGCCUUGCGCAAUGCGUGUGGCUCAGCUGUAUUCUUGUCCCUCUUUCCAGCCGUAACGACAAAACAUCUUCUUCUUUUUGGCUCCGGAGCUCAAUGUGUAUCCCACGCACUUCUUUUUCUUCGUCUUCAUCCCUUUUCCCAAGUGACAUUUGUCGUCCGCUCAAUAAACCAAAGAUCCCAAUCCUCAGCCUCUGCGAUCCAAUCGCAAUUCCCAGCAGCCAGAGUCUCUCUCUCAGUACAUUCCUCUCCUUCCGAUGAGCUGUCUCAGCUGGUGGCGACGGCCGAUGUCAUAGUCACCGCGACUUCCUCCCUUACACCACUCUUCGACUCCUCACCUACUUGUCCCAAGCCUGGUGCUAGGGUGAUUAUGAUCGGGUCGUACAAGCCGGAGAUGCACGAGGUAGAUCAGGCUUUGAUGAAGCGGGCAGCCAAAGUCGUCGUUGAUUCCAGAAAAGCUUGCGAGAGAGAAGCUGGUGAGAUUAUCGAUGCUGGAAUUAAGGUAGCUGGAGGAGCUGGAUUAGUCGAAUUGGGCGAAUUAUUAGAAGAGGCCGGCUUGCCAGGUGCUGUCAAAGACAGCGGAGAUACCUUUGAAAAAGAGGUCAUCAUCUUCAAAUCAGUUGGUCUUGGUAUUCAAGAUGUCGCCAUCUCAAAAGUUGUAUUGGAGCAAGCCGAAAUCAACAACAUCGGGACAGUCAUCGAGGAUUAUGAUUAGGUAGACUUGGAGUCGCGCGACUGAUGUCAUGUAUGCUUCAAUCAAGCUGCAUUGGUGUACAUGUUCAGUCUGUUUCUACCAUCAUUUGUCACUUUAUAACUGACCAUUGUUGUCGGUCGAUGCAUGC